AUGUCUGCUAACAACGGUACCGAUAAGUCUGGAGAUCGCAUCCAGGAGUUCGUGGACCUCGCUCAGCGCGCAUACGCCCUGCGCAAGUAUGAAGAGGCAGUAGAGAACUAUGCCAAAGCCUUGGAGGCAUUUACUGAAAAGCACGGCGAGAACUCCCCUGAUUCAGCUGAUCUGCUCUACAAAUACGGAAAGGCGCUCCUGGAGAACGCAAUCUCCCAGAACUCCGCGCUUGGCAAGGAGCCACCAGAAGAAGCGCCUGCUGACAAGAGUGGGAAGAUCAUUAUUUCGGGCGAUGCGGAAGAUGUGGAGGAGGAGGAGGAUGAAGAAGACGAGGAUGAGGAGAUGGGUGAAGUGAUCAUGGAGGGUCAGGAAGCUGUCAAGCUCGGUGAGGUUGGUGGCAAGGAAGAAGAGGACCAGGAAAUGGAAGACGCCGAGCCUGAAGACGAUUUCAACGCAGCUUGGGAGGUGCUUGACCUUGCCCGCGCAUUCUUCGAGAAGGGUGAUGCCGACGAGACCAAGCUCAAGCUCGCCGAGACUUAUAUCGCAUUGGGGGAUAUCUCGCUAGAGACAGAGAAAUUCGACCAAGCCUUGCUGGACUACACCUCUGCGUUGAAGCAGAAGAGUGAACUCCUCCCGAUCUCGUCGCGACAGAUUGCAGAGGUCCACUACAAGUUGACGAUCGUCUGUGACCUUACGGUCGGAAAGUUGCAGGAGGCUAUCACACAUGCUGAGGGAGCGAAGCAAAGCCUGGAAGCACGCCUCGUUUUGCUGAAAGCAGCCCAGGAGCAACAGACUCUGCCUGUCGAAGCGAAUGGAAACGGCAAACAGACUUUGGCUAGCAAAGAACAGGCAGGCAUAAAUGCCAUGAGCAAAGAGGAACUGGCUGCGGAGAUCAAGGACAUCGAGGAACUCAGGGGCGAGAUGACCGCUAAGAUCGAUGACUUGUCACAGGCACCCGAGCAAAGGGAAAGCGCGCCGGAUGCGGCCAACCGCGCCCUGGAUGAACUUCUCGGCGGCCCCUCAAGCUCGCUGAAGGAUGCGAUUGUAAACGACCUGACUGGGGUUGUCAAGAAGAAAAAGAAGGCAGAGGUAGAUACAAAGGAGGUAGCGAGCCCUACGCCCUAA